CGAUAUUCUAUCUGGUAUCACAUCAUGCUGGUCAGCUAGUGAUAACAAUUGUAUAGGUAUGCAUUCCAUAGGCAUUCCACGCCUGUGAUACCGGGAAUCCCGGCUAACUGAUACUUCAAGCGAGAUGAAGAAUGUAGUUCAGUCAGUUCAGUGUCAAGGGCCAGGAUACAUCUAAAAAAAAGGAAGAAGAAGAAGAAAUGAGACAUGGAUCAAUAUCGGAUCUUCGUGGAGAAAUUCAAACAGGCUAUCAGAAGUCAAAAUUAUAGCGCCUUGGUGAAUAUCUUUGGAGAGGGAAAUAGUUUGUUCGCGAUUGUUUCGCUCGAACAUCGUGAACCAAUUGUAUGCAGUAUAUUUGACAGAAAUGAUGGCUUAUUACUUUUCCUCAAUGCACUUCCAAACUUGCUGUCUGGAACCAAAAACAAACACAUUGAUGAUGCUUUAAAAAAGGCAUUUACUUUUCUUGAAUUUUUCAUUACAAAUUUUUAUACCACUCCAUGCUUUAUACAAUAUGUUCAUGAAAUCAAGACAGUAUGUCAAGUUGCAUUGACUGUAAAAUGUAAUUAUUUUAUUACACAAGCCGCUUUUAAGGUUUUUGUAAAACUGAUAGAAUUAUUCAAGGAUCACGACUUAAAGCUUGUUGAUACAGUCAAGAAGUUUGCUGAAAUAAUUGGAUUUAAUCGAAAUGAUGUUAAAGAAAGAAAGUUUAUGUACUGUGUACUUGGUAAAAUAAUUAAGGACAAUGAAAGUGUCCUCUCGCUGCAGAACGAGUUGAAUAUUAUUUUCCAACGACUAAAUUCUGAUGCAUCUGAGGAGAUAAAAUCAAUCAUGGAGGAGACAAAAUCAUAUAAUUCCAACAAAGUGUCCGACUUUGAUAUGUAUUUCAAUGCCCUCGCGGACAUAUUGGACGGUGCGAAAUCGCCGAACGCAAUACAGAAGACUUAUUUCUGCAAUCUGUACAAGUGGAUUAAGGACAUUAGCAAAGCGUAUCUCAGCAAAAAUCAGCCGAGACAGCAAAAAGUCAAAACAGCAGUAGUAAAAUCGGCGAUCGAUCUUCUGUGCCGUCAUAUGAAUCUGUUUCGAGACAAGCUGUAUCCUGAUUGCAUGCAUUGGCACAAAAUUCUCCAGCUCUUAUCGCUCGAACGAACCGAGUGCGGCAUUUCCGGGCAGCAUGCGUUGAAAAGAUUUUACCGAGUUAUCGGACAGAUUCUCACUAAUCAAAAUAACGAUGAGAACAAAAUAUUGCUGGAGUUUUUGGAAUAUUUCCACAAAGAAUUUGAGAAAUCUAACUUAGAUUUAACCACAUUGCGAUUAAACCUUUAUGGCUUCAGUCAAAUGGCUGCGCCGUGUAAAGUGCAUAUGGCCGAACUCGAUGUAAGAAACAUGUAUUCCAUUAUAACCAGUUACGCGCUACCUCUUUGUUCCAGCGAACACAGCGAUUCGAUGCACAUAGAGAGCGUCUGUUGUUAUCAGGAAGCGCUCUCGGAAAUACUGUGUCACAUGACUGACGUUACAAUUGAAAAAAUCAACGUCCUCGUGAAGCUUAGUAAUUACACGAUCAAGAGAUUCCCCGAUUUAGCAAUAUCUAGCAACGCGCUCGCCGUUUCAACAUUGACUAAAACUAUCGGCAAUCUUGCGGCCGUUAAUAAAGGUCUGCUGCAGCGAUACCUCGAUAGUAUAGUUUACGACGGCAUCGCGUGGAGUUGCUCGCACACGUUGGCGCUCGACGCGGAGUUGCAACGGGAGCUGAACGACCUGCGACAGUCGCCAGUAUGCUACAAGAACUACCUGCCGCUGUGGACGGAGCUGCUGAACGCCGAGAGGUAUCGCGCGAGAGGUAUCGGCGGACACGAGCAGCUGACGCGGCGCGUAGCCGACACCAUGACGAGCGUGUGCAUCACGUUGAUCAAUCGGCUGAACAUACACGUGAAACGAAAGAACGAGAACACCGUGCUGUCCGACGUGGCCCUCACCCAGAGCGCCGUGAAUCAGGCGGACUUUCGCGUGUUCGCGAAUCUCGUGGACCUCUACGUCGACGUGAUCGACGCGUCGGACGCGCAGCUGUUCGCCAACACCGUGCACAGAUUUCUCUACGAAGUCGUCCGAUUGUCGUACAGGUAUCCGCUGAUAUCCGGCUUCUACAAGCUGAUUCGGGCCGGUAUGAAAAUCUUCGCUCAUACAUCAGAGGAGGAGGGAGAGGGGGAGGGGGAGGAGAAUAGCGUAGAAUCGCAGCGGAUGGAGGAGCUUCUAUCUAAUUACUUGUGGCACACCCUCGACCUGAUCCCCGCGUUCUCCAACGAGCUACUGAUCGCGUGCCUCUACCUGAUCCUGGACGCGCCAUUCGCUUACGUCAAGGACGCGCUACCGCGCACACUGCCGGCGUUCAAGAUCGCGUUCACCGUCGGUCUGAGCAACCUGGAGCUCGCGUACACCGCGCUCGCCGCCCUGGAGAUGUGGACGACGACGGCGCGGAAACGGAAGCGAGACGAGCGGACGAACGAACUGCUGCGCGAGAUCGCCGCGUACCUGGAGCCGUACCUGCGCAGCACGGAGAGCGCUGCCGAGGUCUCGCAGGACCUGACGACGGCGCGGAGGCGCGUGAAGCGCGUCGACGUGAUCGACACCGAGUGUACGUUGCGAAACUUCCAGCGGCGAGUACUGCUCUUCCUCGGCUCGCUCGACCACGAUCUGCUGACGAGCUUCGUGCACGAGCGCGCUUCCCGCAGCACCGGCGCGUCCUGGGAUCGCAAGGAUCUGCUCAGGUACGUCCUGCCGCUGCCGAACACGCGACUGGACAUCCACUUCGACCGGACGUUGCCGCGGAUAAUUGCGCUGGCGUGCGACUCCAGCGACCGGCGCACCAAGAUCGCGGCCUGCGAGGUUUUGCACUGGAUGGUGACCUUUACCCUUGGCCUCUCAGCUUCUCGGGUUUCUGAUCCGGAGAAUCCCUUCAUCGGUCGGUACGUCAUCCUGUGCCGCGCCGUGCUCACCCUCGGCUGCGACUCGGACGAAGUCGUGUGCGGCCUCUUUCAUCCGUUGGCGUUGCAGCUGAUGCACUGGCUGAGCUCCAGGCACAUGUCAAUGUCGCCGGUGAUCGACGUGCUGUUCGACGGUUUGGCCGACGACUCGAAUCCCGCUUUGCGCGAGUUCUCCGGCAUUUGCCUGGCAGAAUUCACACGCUGGUCGAUGAGGCAGGAAUCGAACGAGCGACAUGUGCAUACGAUCGUCGGUAGGAUCAACAAUCUCGCGUUGCAUCCGUCGACGCGCAAACGCGUAGCCGCGGCCGUAGCCUUCAAUCAUCUCUACGCGAUCCUGCGCGAGGAAGACAGCACGGUGUCGACCUACUGGCUGGAGAUAUUCUACUGCUUCGUCCGCAGCUUGGAUGGAUGCGACGAUCCGUCGAUCGCGAAUGCGCUGGCCCAUGUCGAGAAAGUGAUGAAAUUCAGGGCGAAGCUUCUGAACACGGCCGAUUCCCGCGGCCGUCGAAAAAAGCCGCACGAGUUCGACAACGCGACCCUGGUCCACGCUCUGUACUGGCUGCUGUCGCAGUGCGGGACUCACGACGAGCGCUGCCGUGCGAGACGCAUGGAGCUGUACGUCAACGUGUCGCAGUACGACGGCAGUUCCGCGCGGGAAACGACGCGGAACUUUGUCAAUACUUACGGGAUAAAUCGACUGAACGAUAUCGUCUUGAAGGGUUUAGAAACGGGCGUGGAGGAUAUUUCCGCGAUCAGUAAUGUGACGCCACUGUUGAAGGCUCUGGAUUGCUACAUCUGGUUGAUGGACAAGGAACUGUUGCCGGUGGAGAUGCUCUUUCCCGCCAACGAUGUGGACGAGCAACCAAUUUUCUCCCACAUUCGCAGCUUUACCAGUCAAUUCUGGCGGAUAAUCGCGGAGCUCCCGGCGGGAACAGCUGCGACAGCAAUGAAGUCUAGAGAGCUCGAACAGCUGCGGGCGCUGCAGUGCAAAGUUCUGAUGACUACGUUGAAUUUCAUACAAGUGUUACUGAACGUCGGCGUCAACGUUCCGGAAUCAUUAUGGAACGAGUCGUUGUCCACUUUGACGAUUAGAUGUAUAAUGCAUCCGCGAAUAAUUGGUUUCGAUGUGAAGAAUAUCGAGAUAAUGGAUAGACUGCCAUAUAUUUUGGAAACUCUGUUAAACUCUAUGAAAUCGAGGUACGGCUAUGCUCCACCGAACACCUUUAAGAAGUGCCUUCUAAGUUCCGUCCAGGAACACAUCGCGAAGCUUCUCAAUCUGCACGACAUCGCGCAAAAUGACGCUUGCGACGAUCUGAUCCAACACGUUAACGGUCUGAUCCUGUUAAAGCGAUGCGAUAUGCUCGACCGAACGGUGCUGAAGACGAGUGCUUUCACGAAUGGUGACCGCACGGUCGCGCAGAUCUUUGAGUUUCUGGUGAGCGAGUGCAUCGGGGAAUUGGCCUGCAGGGAUUUGAGCGCGGGAAUGAUCGAGUACCUGCGAGCUCUGAUGGAAUUCCAGUUCUCGCUGCUCUCGUUAACGAUCGAAACGCCGGUGAUAAUACCCGACGACGUUCGGUCGAUGAUCGACACGCUGGUGAGAUUCAUGUCCAAAGGCACGCCCGUAACCAGCGUGGACGUCACAACAAUCACGCACGGCGAACACUUCAUCAAUACGUUCAGGAGUGUGAUCUUCGGAUACAUGUUGACGCACGUGGGCGCGAUCACGGACGUCUUCGACGGUUUGUCGCGCGACAGUCCCUCGUUCCUGCUGAAGUGGAUCGAGGAUCUGUUGCUGUUCCUGAAACGGCACAGGCGCCAACUGCAGGCUCGCGUGGACGCGACGGCCGACGCGAUUCUGCAGCAGUUCACCUGCCUGAACAACGCCGUCUUCAAUGUGGACAGUCGCAAGGAGAGACUGAUGAAUAUCUACAGCAUCGCGGUGCAUCUGAAGUCGAGGCCCACGGAGGUCACGCAGAAUCGUGAAUUCUACCAGUGGAUUCGGGAUCAGUUGGCGAACAGCAAUGAUCUCGAGUACAAGACGCGUAUCCUGAAAAACUUCUUCGUCUGCCUGACGGACGUGGCGGAUCGCGACGAUCUGCAGAUAAGCUUGCGUACCCUGAGAGCCGACGCCCGAUCCCUGUGCCCGAAUCUGUCCGAGACGAGCGUGAACGCCAUGAAGGUGAUCGACUCCUUCGAGACGCUGCUGGUGCUGCUGUCAACGACCAGAUCGAUGGCGAUGCUCAAGUGCGUGAUAAACUUCGCCGCCGGUGCGGGCAAACGUCUGUUUAACGAGAAACUGGAGGAGCAUUUACGCGGAUACUAUCACGGGGCGUCCCUCGAGCACGUUCUGGAAUCGUUGCAGCAGACCUACCGUGCGUUCAUGGAGGUGAACACUACCGAGACGGAACGGCUCGACUUUCUACACGGAUUUCUCUUGCCAGCAUUCAAGUUCUGCGACGCAACCGCGACCGAACGCUUCUUCGAGAAGAACAUCCAAGAUCUGUACGAGACCACGCGUAAUUUACAGAUCGUCGAUGACGACGAUGCGAUCAAGCAGAAAAUCGUGUCGUUGAUUGGAUACUACCGAUUGGUAGCCGUCAUGUUUGCCAGGGUAGACAAGAACAAGAUACAUGCGAAUGAUGAAACGAAAGCGUCGGGCAAACUUCUCAUCGACAGGAAACUUUACCAAAGUCUGUACAAUAGCAGCGAGAAUAUACGGUCCCUGAAGGUAACGCGGCCGGACUGCCAGGAGCUCGCACAUCUGCUGCAAUGCUCUGCAUACAAUUGCUUACUGGCGAUCAUAAGCCUGAAGGAGAAGGAGAAUUUCUACAGAUUGGCGGUCAGCAAUAAGAAUGGACCUUUUAACUGGCAGAUUAUUGUAAACUGUGACACGCAAUACAGGCUUGGUCAGACCUUCAAGGAGUAUCCGAAGUCCCGCGAGAUCACCGUCAACAUCAGAUCUGCAGAGGGGGAUGGAGAACGGACAACGCACAGAUAUGCCUAUGUUCAUAGCUACGACCUGUCGGCCUGCACAUUAAGCGAGGACAUUAACGCCUACGAUCUCAACAAGUGCGUCGUGUUGCCAGCUGGCUCUCGUUAUUCCGCCUCGACAACGAAUUCCGCCGAUUCCGAUCCGCUUCACGGUGCGACGAGCAUCGCCUUAACAAGCAACGAUUUUGACCAGCACGAGUGCAUGCCGUACAUCUGCGUCCUGUUGCGGCACAUCAGAAAGAAAUUCAAAUUGAGCGACGACAAAGAGCCCGCAUGGCUCAUGCUGUUUCUCAACACCAUUCAGCGCAAUGAUCUUCACGCAAAUAUUCAGCUGUUUAUGCUGAAGAUCAUCUCAAACACGGCGGACGAGGUGUUCAAGCCCUACGCCCGAUUCGCGCUGACGAAAAUCAUCAAGACUAUCGCUAAUUAUCUGGAGCGAAACGACUUGAACUACAUUAUCACGGACGUUCUGGAGAUACUGAUGGAUUGGCACGACGUGGCUGUGCCGAGCAGCGAGGAUGAUAAAGCGGCUGCACAGAGACUCUUUGAGAAAUUUAUUGACAGAGCAUUCAGGAGAACCGACGAUAAUCGCGUCUACAAUUACAAUCUCAACCUGAUGGGGACCAUGAUGGCGAAGUGGCGCGGCUGCUUGCGAGUGCCGAGCAAUUUUCUAAGUCAGAAAAUGCAAUCCGCGUCGCCGGUCGCAGUGUAUCUCAUUCUCGCGCUUCUCGACAACGACAUAACGGAGGGGAUCGUCGCCGAAGACGUCGUCGACUUUCUGCUUAAACUGUUGAAGAAUUGGGACACGUCCAAGACGGACGAGGUCACGUGUCUGCAGUGCUGCAAGUGUCUCGGCUUGUAUCUGCGUUCUUUGGACAACGGUGGUACGCGCGGCGACGAAACCGAAAGAGAUAGCAAGAAACGCGAGAUAAAGGAGAGGAUCUUCGACGUACUCAAAUCCAAGCACCAGAUACUCAAGCAGAUAAAACGCAUCGCUACUCUCUGCCGAACUUAUCCCGAAGUGGCCGUGGAUUACAUCAAAAUUGCGCUCGACGCCUUUACCGCGGUGAAAUCUUAUUGUCUGGAGAUAUUCUUGUUGGCGAUGCCAAGGCUCAGCGCGGAGGACGUCGUGAAUAAUCUGCGCCAUAUGCAGCUGCAGGAGACCCUGAAGAAUCGAGUGUCGUCGUCCGACGAGAGCGAGAAAAUAAUGUUACAAAUCGUCCGUGACAUGGUGCCGAUCCGCGACAUCUCGUCGGAGAAUCUGCUGCUCUACGUGAAUCUGGUGAUACCAUACGUCAAGGAUAACAUCACGGAGCACCGGGAACUGGUCUACGACAUACUCACGAGGGUCUACAAGAGAUAUUCGUCGGACAUCACGGACGGCGACGAGACCGUGCAAAAUCUGCAUGCUAUCAGCUUGCGAAACCUACUGGCCGGUCUGCUAGACCCAUCCCACGAUCUGCAGGACAGAAUACUGAAGUUCUGGACGGAGGAGAAGAGUCUGAGCACGAAACCGACUGACAGGUUGGUCAACCUUCUGGAAAUGCAUUCACGGAAAUGCAUAACGGAGCAGGGGGACGCGUUCGCGCCUUUCGUGGCGUUGCUGAUGCUGCAGCUGGCCACCAAAGAGAUAGAUUACACCAGGAAGAUAUUCAACACGCCUCUGCAGGACUGCGUCUUCGAGGAGUACAAAAUAGCCGUCUCCUGGCGCAGACGAAACCUGAGCUGCGUGACGCCGAUGUUCGUCGACUCGCUCGCCUCCCAGAUGAGCUACAGCAUCUUCUCUCAGAGCGUGGACAACGAUUUACGCGGGACCUACGUGGACCCGCGUCUCUCGCACGGUGUCCCUCCGAGAUUACGCGCGACGCAGGAUCUGCAGUUCGAGCCGACUAUUUUCGACGACGAUGACGACGACGCGACCACGUCGCUUGAUAUUUCGUCGCACGACGCUGGAUUUGAUCGAACGACAAUCGCGUCCUCGUCGAGACAAUCGCCGCAGACCGAGCACAGGAGAUUCACCAGGAUUCUGGCGAACGCGUCGGACGUCAUCCGCAAAAAGCAAAUACGAAAGAACAUGCAACGGGUAGAAAAAAUAAAGCAGGAGAACAUCAGGCAGAGAAGCAGCGUGAAAUUGUAUAGAAACUACAGGAGCGGAGAUUUUCCCGACAUCGAGACAUCUCACGAGAGUUUGAUCGUGCCGCUUCAACAGUUGAUCAAAUUGGACCGGCUGAUCUGCAAAGACGUAACCGUGUCCCUGUUCCUUUCACUGAUCAAUACAAUCGAAAAGAAGCCCGAUAGAAAAGAUUGUGAUUUCCGGAAGAUUGUGAAUAAUCUGAAGCGAAUCCUGCACGAGUCGUGCGAGAAGGACAGCUCUUUCAACGUUAUUAUUUUAGAGACGUUGUUGAAGUUGAGUCGAGACGCCGCUACAGUCACCGACUGCGAUCCGCGAGACGUGAUGAAGGCGUCUAAGGCGAAUCACUCGAACGCUCUCGGCGCUCUUUUCCUGGAACGCAGUUUACUGUCUGAGGAGCGGCAGGACGACUCGUCGCCCACGUCGAGCAAGAGAAUGCGACGGCACGACGAUGCCAUUCGCAACGAGGAGACUAGUAAGUGGGUGCAAUUGGUGUCCCUCUAUAAGUCGCUGAAUGACGUCGACGUCGUUUUGAGUAUCUUCCGAGGACAGCAAUCUUUCGACCAAAACCUGCAGGAAGCGGCCCUCGCGGAGGUGGACGGCGAUUGGAGUCGAGCGAAGGACGCGUUUACGAAUGCUUACGAACUAAUAGAGGAUUCGUCGAUAAGGGAGCACUGCCUGCAAGGCUUACUCGAAGCUGCGAAUAAUAUGUGUGACUGGUCGGCGAUCGACCGGCUGGUGAAGGACCGUGCGAGAAACGGGGAUCUGAGUAGUAUCUGGGACGACGCGUGGAGGGACUGGAUGAUCCCGUAUGUUUGCGACACCUACGUACAUAUGAGAGAAGCGGAGGAGAGAAGCUGGGCGCCGAGCAGCGACCUCAACGCCAUCCGAUCGUGGAUAUACAAUCCAGACAAAUUGCAGCACCUCAUGCCCGUGAUGGGCGAAAGCCUGGUGAUAUUUCUGCUCGAGCAGGACGUGAGAAGGGCGACCGAUCUGUUAAACGAACUUCUGGACAUGACGGCAAAGCAAUGGAUCGGAUUGACUCCCCUCAGCACCGAGCUGGGAAUACGCAAAUUGUUUAAGUUGCAAAUUAUGAACGAUCUCGACGCCUCGCUCAAGGUUCUUCGUUCCACGAACAGAACGGAGUACUCGGACCGCACGGUCAAGCUGUUGAAUUUCUGGUCGAUGAAAACGCCCACGAUUCGAGACAGUCUCGUCCAGUGGAACAAAUUGGCCGCCUAUCGAGCGUAUUUCUCGACGUUGUUCCAGAGGAAUUGCAGAAGAGUGGAGAUCAGGCAGCGGCUGCGUCAAAUCAAUUAUCAGCUGCGACUGGACAUCGUCAACGCCGCGUUGAAUCAAAAACACCGAUACAUCGCGGCGAAACAGUCGAGUUACGUAAAUGAAAUUGUUUGCGAGGAGGACGUUCAUCUGAAGUGGCUUGAGGCUAGAAUCAAGUCUCUGUGCGCCGACGUCGAGACGGACGUGUCCAAGAGGAUGCACAAUUAUACCGUUUCUUGGAAGAGCUCGCAUGAACUGUUGAACAAGAGCGACGAGCUGGACGCCGAUAUGAGCACCGCGAUCAGAGAGCAUAUCGGCACAUUGGCCUCGAGGAUGGUGUCCCUGAGCGGGGAGAACGACGCGUUCGCGAGAGCGUUGGCGCGCAACACCACGAUCAUGCGGGACGUAGGAGUGGCGAACCCGGCGAGCACCGACCCGGAUGGAGACAUCCGGGAACAUUUGCUGCGCUACAGCUUGAACAAUCUGCGAUCCUGCUGCGCGGACACGACCGCCGCCAGGGUCGGCGAGCACUAUUGCGCCCUGGCCCGACACUGCUACGGCAGACUGACGAGCACCACCGACGCGGAGAGCGACGAGAUUUUCAAGGAGUUCCUGCUGUCCACUCUGAAGUCGAUGCGUCACGAUUAUCUCGAGGCUACGCACUACUUCCCGUGCCUGCUGAGGCCCGAGCGGUUGCGCGACGACGAGACACGAGAGACGUUCGUCCGAGAAUGCGCCAAGCUACGGCCGUGGCUGUUCCUGCGCUGGCGGGACUUACUCUUCUCCCAUCUGGGAACACCGUCGGUCGCAACCGCGAUCGUGCCGAUUGUCGAGAGACUCGCCGAGACUUAUCCCGACGCGAUCGCCUACAAUUAUCACCUGACCGUCGACAGAAACCCCAGUAUUCUUCGGGAUGAGAAUGUCAUGCGGAUACGCUCGCUCCUGCGCGACAAAGCGGAAGAGUAUGAGCGAUUCUUGCGGGCGAUAGAAUACGUGGUGCAACCGAAACUGUACUUGAAGCACUAUCUCGACGUGGCGCUGAGGGAUCUAUCCCGAGGGAAAGCGACGGCCAUCGAGUCGCUGUUGCGGAAAGUCUCUCUGAAUUCCAGCACAGGCGCGACAGAAGGGAAGAACCCGCGACCGGGCGCUAUUUUUCACAGGGAGAUCGCAACUUACGAGAACGAAAUAAGAGCCUUGAAUCCUGACGAUCUUAAUGCCGCGCGAGAAAAAAUACAAAGACUCAAGGAGUCGUUGAACAAAUUAAUUUGUCUCCAGAGGCCCGGCAUGAAUCGGAACGUGAGAGGCAGCGCGAGCAGGCUGAAGGACUACAGUCCGUUCUUGCACGAGUACGUCGGCGACGGCAAAGGUAUCGAGAUACCCGGACAAUACACCGGCGACGGGGAACCUAUGCCGCGCUACCACGUGAGGAUCGCGCGGUUCGAGCCGCAGGUGCAGGUCAUGCGAUCGCUACGCAAACCGAUUCGCAUCGGCAUGGUGGGCGACAACGGCAGGGAGUACAAGUUCCUGGUGAAAUUCGGCGAGGAUCUUACGAUCGACCGGGGCCUGCAGCAGCUGUAUUCCACUAUGAACAGAACGUUGCGCAAUGACCCCGGCUGCCGACAGAGGCGCUUGGCCAUCGACACGUACGAGGUGAUUCCACUGUCGAGUUCCUUCGGUCUCAUACAAUGGAUCGAGGACACGAGAUCUCUGGACGAGCUGGUACAGUUCACUCUAAAAUUGCCGAAUGAGAAACAGCGCUGCGACAGCAUUCACAAUGAAUACAAGAAGUGGAUAGAGAAAGCGGCGCCCACGAAGCGGAUCAAGUCCGAUUGCUACAAGGAGGCCCUAUCCAGGUACAGCCAGUCGACGGUCACGGAAACCAUGAAGAGCCUGAUCGGCCAGACAAAGCAGACGGCUCUGCAUGAUGCGUUCGACACGAUCAGCUCGUCCCCGGAGUGCUUCAUCACGCUGCGGCGCAACUUCGUCGUCAGUUACGCGACCAUGUGCACGGCGCACUGGCUCGCGGGGAUCGGCGAUCGUCACCUGCAGAACACCCUCGUGCGCGUCGCGACCGGACGUUCCCUGGGCAUCGAUUUCGGCCACGCUUUCGGCAGCGGCAUACGCGCGUCGAUACCGGAACUCGUGCCGUUCCGCCUGACGCCGCAGAUCCUCGAGCUGCUGCGACCCUUCACGGAGCGGGAUCUCCUGGCGACGAUCAUGACCCACACGAUGCGGGCCCUGCGCGAUGACCGGGGCCCGAUACUCGCUUGCAUGGACAUCUUCGUGCCCGUCCAGCGAUCGUUGCGCAUCAACGGCGACGAGAUGGAUGACUGUGAGGAUGUUGAAGCAGAUUCAACAUGGUCGUCCAAUAAGAAUAUCAAAGUAGUUGAAAAGAAGUUGAAUGGAAUCCAUCCGUCACUCAUUACAAUGGAGCAAUUAAAAGAAGCGCAUAGCGAUUUUAUGAAGUAUAACGCCAUUGUCACCGGCAACGACGAACUCAAACAAGCACGGGCGAGUGUGAAGAACGAUCGUUUGACACCUGCGCAGCAGGUGGACUGUUUGUUGGAUCAAGCGAAAGACUUGAAUAUUUUGGGCCGCAUGUACGAAAAUUGGCAACCUUGGCUGUGAUGCUGUGGCAUAUAUGAAUAUUUUGUGUGUGAGAUGUCAAUAAUUUUUUUAAAAAGUAUGGAAAUUAUACAUCCAGAAAAUUCGAACUUUAUUUUGUGCGUUUACGUCAAAAGAAGAAAUUAUUUUAACAUUAAUUGGAUAAAUUAAAAUCAUAUAUAAUUAUACUAUAAUGAAAAUUAU